CCCCGCCCCGCCCCUUCCCCGACCCGGCCGGUAAGAGGAGCCCCGAGCGCGGCGCUGCUCUGGGUGCAACCUGGCUGCGCUGUGCCGGAGCAGAUGGAGCCCGGGCUGAGGCGGCGGUGCAGGAGCCACCAGCCGGUGGCCGCCUUCUUGCGCGACCCCGCCUCGGGGCGCGUCUACCGGCGCGGGAAGCUGAUCGGCAAGGGCGCCUUCAGCCGCUGCUACAAGCUGACAGACAUGUCCACCAGUGCAGUGUUCGCUCUCAAGGUGGUGCCGCGCGGCGGUGCGGGGAGGCUUCCCUCCAGAGGGAAGGUGGAGCGUGAGAUCGCCCUGCACAGCCGCCUGCGGCACCGCAACAUUGUGGCCUUCCACGGACACUUCUCUGACCGAGACCACGUGUACAUGGUGCUGGAAUACUGCAGCCGACAGUCAUUGGCCCACGUGCUGAAGGUGCGGCAGACCCUGACGGAGCCGGAGGUGCGCUACUACCUGAGGGGCUCCAUCAGCGGCCUGCGCUACCUCCAUCAGCGGAGCAUCGUGCACAGAGACCUGAAGCUCAGUAAUCUCUUCCUUAACAAGAACAUGGAGGUGAAAAUCGGAGACCUGGGACUGGCCGCCAGGGUGGGGCCAGGUGGCCACUGCCACAGGGUGCUGUGCGGGACUCCGAGCCUCCUGGCCCCGGAGGUGGUGUCCAGGAAGGGACACUCCUUCCUGUCAGACAUCUGGGCCCUGGGCUGCAUCAUGUACACAGUGCUGACCGGCACCCCACCUUUCGUGGCGGCAUCCCUGUCGGAGAUGUACCAGAAUAUCCGUGAGGGCCGCUAUCCAGAGCCUGCUGACCUGUCGCCCCAUGCCCGCCGCCUCAUUGCCCGCCUCCUGGCGCCUGACCCAGCUGAGCGGCCCUCCUUGGACCAUCUCCUGCAGGAUGACUUCUUCACACAGGGCUUCACUCCAGAGCGGCUGCCACCCCACUCCUGCCACAGCCCCCCGCUCUUCACCUUCCCGCAACCUCUGGGCAGGCUCUGCCGGAAAAUGGGCCAGCUGCUGUUGACCCAGUGUGGACCACCCUGCCCCUUCACCCCCAAAGAGGCCUCAGGCCCCGGAGAAGAGGGGCCGGAACCUGACUCCUCGGACUGCGGUGGCCAGGUGAGGCCUCAGGCCCCAGGAGGAGACCGACUCCCGACCUCCACCAGCUCCGAGCCCGGUGUCCAUCCACCACUGCCCAGGAGACGGGACCCUGUCCUCCCCAAACCCCGCCGCACCCCCACCCUCCGCGGCCUGCCGCCUGCUUGGGGAGGACCCAGCCCCAGCCCGGGCGGUGCCCACCUGCCUCUGCUCUUUCCAGCUUCCGCAGCUGUGUGCAAAGAGGAUGGAACUGCAGAGGCCCUAAGCGGCAGAGCCAAGUUUUAUAUUUCUAAUGAUUUUAAUAAACAGCUCAGCACACCUCACCUGUGUGCCCAGCCACACAGGAACCCCGGGGAGCAGUGGCCCAUCCUCUGGGCUCCCAAGUGGGUGGAUUAUUCCAGCAAGUAUGGCUUUGGCUACCAGCUGUCAGAUGGGGGCAGCGGUGUCCUGUUUCGGGACGGCACCCACAUGGCCCUGCGCCCCCCAGGAAGCCACAUCUGCUACCUGCCUGCGCGCGCGAGGCUGGAAACGUUCGCUGCAAGGGACGCGCUGAGCGUGCUGGGUGCCAAGCUGGCGGUCCUGCGGCUCUUUGCCUGCUACAUGCAGCGUCGCCUGCGAGAGGAGGGGGCCUCGCCUGCACCCCAGCCGCCCGCCGUGCCCGGCCUCUGCCUGCUGCGCUUCCUGGGGUCCUCGCGGGCCCUGCUGCUGCUGUUCAGCAGUGCAGGUGAGCAGGGCUUGGCAGGUGGGGACCAGGGCUUCUUGGCACCAGCUGAGGGGUCCCAGGAAAUAUUCGGCCCCUGCAAAACACAAGAAGUACUGGCUCCUGAGUAUGAAGGGGCUGGAGGUGCUGCCCAGGGCUCAAGGCUGGCCCAGCAUGCAGGCCACCCUGGGCCGUCCUCAGCAACACAAAACAAUGAAGCCCAGUUAGGAACAGUAGGAGGCCAUGCUCGGUGGUCUCUGUGGCUCACAGUAUCAUUUCAUGGGAAGCUCAUGGGUUGUUUCCCUGGGUGACUGUAGCAAUUCCUGAGGGCCCUGUGUCCCUGAGGGCCCUGUGUU